AUGUCAAGACCAAUAACCACACUCUCCUCUCCAACUCUCAAAAUCCCAUCCUUUUCUCGUCGUUCCCUUCAAACCCACAAGAGCCAAACCGUUUCUUGUCAUUCUGCAGCCAUAAAGACUCAAUCUUUAUGUAGCCAUAAACAGACCCUGAAAAGAUUCGGGUUGUUUUUGUACAGUAGAGAUAGGAAGUUGGGGUCUUGUGUUAAUGCAGAUAAUGGAGAAGGAGAGAGCAAAACCGAUGGUGUGGUUGAUGAUGGUGAACGUGGAGAGAGUACUAUGCCUGAGAGGUUUAGGUACUUGACUAAAGAAGCACCUGACCCUCCCGUUAGGUGGCCUUGGUUUGUGGCACUGGGUUUCCUUAUCUAUGCAUGGAGAGCGGUCUUAUUUGAACUAGGUAACUGGAAAAGAGGUGCCAUAGCUGUUGUUGGUUUUGUGGGAUACCUCCUGAAACUUUUGUUGGCUGUUGUCUUCCAUUUCAUUGGGGAUCCAAUCACCUCUCUGAUCAGAUGUAUAGAGACUGCAAUCUACACAUUUCAGUCUUUCUACUCUGGAAUAGUGAGAUCCGCUCCUGUUCCAGAACUGACCUUGAUUAUCAUGCUUGCAUCAGCAGUUCUUGCUAUUGGUGAAGCUGCCGUUCCAAACUCUGUAAGCAGCCAACCUUAUCUUCUCACAAUAUCUGGCCUUAUUGGCUAUGCAGCAGUAAGAAACUACAUCUCUGAACCAUUUUUCUGGACGCUUCUACUGGGUUUGUACACUUUCUCUAGAUUAGUUAAGAAGAGAGAUGAUGUUACUUCUGCUUUACCCGCUGCAGCUGUACUAGCUGCAAUUGGAGAACCUUGGGUUAGAGUUUUGGUAAUGUUUUCAUAUCUAGCUCUAGCUAUUUCUCACCAUUCAAAGCAGCUCUCCAAAGGAAAGGAAGAAGUUGAAGUUGCGACAGCCGAUACUGGUAAUAGCAUUCCAGUGCCGUUACUGUGCGGAGGUUUAGCCAUUGGUAUUCGUGUUGCUGCUAAAUGGGCUGGCUACCGCCACUUGACAUGGAUGUUAGUAUGA